GAGUUACGUCCCUUUUAUUCACUCUCCGUUACCGCGUACUUUUAGCGUUUCCGCCAUUGUUUAAGAAGCAGGUGAUACUGCAUCAAUUUUUUUAAUCCACUGCAUCGACCGUCAUUUAAAGCAGCAAAAAUGACGGUGGGCAGGAGUUCGAAGAUGCUGCAGCACAUCAACUACAGAAUGCGAUGCACUCUGCAGGAUGGCCGCACAUUUAUAGGAACUUUCAAAGCAUUUGAUAAACACAUGAAUCUCAUCCUCGGGGAUUGUGAUGAGUUCAGGAAAGUGAAGCCAAAGAGUAGCAAGAGUGGAGAGAAGGAAGAGAAGAGAGUUCUAGGUCUGGUACUUUUGCGUGGGGAACAUCUAGUAUCUAUGACUGUAGAGGGACCACCCCCAGCUGAGGAAGGUAUUGCUCGUGUUCCCCUCUCUGGUGCUGGACCAGGCGCUGGUAUUGGUCGGGCAGCAGGACGAGGAAUGGGUGGAGGACCUCACCAGGGUCUACAGGGUCCAGUCAGGGGUGUUGGUGGACCUGGGUCACAAAUGAUGAAUCCCAACCGCAGCACAAUGUCAGCACCACCACAAAUGAGAGGUCCUCCAGGGCGUGGAGGCCCCCCACCUGGCAUGAUGGGAAUGAGAGGACCACCUAUGGGAGGGCGUGGUGGACCAGGGAUGAGAGGCCCACCUCCGGGCAUGAUGAGAGGACCACCUCCAGGAAUGAGAAGGUAGAAAGACAAGCACUAUGAAAAGUGUACACAUCCAGUGAAGCCUGUAGAUAUUGUGUCUAAAUGGGACUGCACAAGAGCAAAUAUGAAAGAUCUAGGUUUUAUUUGUAACUAUGGACAAAAUCUCGAUUAUGAUGACAAUUCUGGAACAUUAUAAAGGAAGAAUGUUCUUUCGAGAAAGACUGUUGUCACAUUUUAUGGUCGACUGUGAGAUCCAUAAUUCAUUUGUGAGGAAUUCUUUCCUUUUACAUCUAUCAUUUAUAUUGUAAGAUAUUGUAGGUGAUCAUGUCAUUUUGAAAGAGAACUGAAAAUUGUGUGGGAGAAUGAAAGCUGAUUUGAGUAUGAGGAAGAAUGUUUUGUUUUCAUGGACCAAUCCUGUGGUCUGUUUCAUGAUGGUGAGAGAGCUUUCUAAAAACAUAUUCAUCAUAUUGCCACUGAAUUAAGUGAAUAAACAUGAAGAAAUUGA